AUGAAACCACCGAUUCUCCAAUGGAGCAUCCCAGACGACGUCGUACUCAACAUCCUCGGAAGACUACCUGUGAAAUCAGUGAUAAGAUUCAGAUGCGUUUCCAAAUCCUGGGACUCCUCGAUCACCACCCCUUAUUUCAUCUCCACCCACCUUAAUCACAACAACAACAACAACAAAGAUUCCCAUGAUAAUGGUUAUGUCAUACACGUGCCAUCGCAUCCUUCUUUUUGGUGGUCUCCUAACAACAGACCAGUCUGUACUGUCGCUUUCGACUGUACAUUUGAUAGGAUUUCGGAGGUUAAAAUUCCCUUCGAUUUUUAUUCUAAACCUGCCCAACUAGUCGGUUCGUGCAAUGGCUUAUUGUGUCUCGCUGAUUUCGGGAGUGUUAAUGUUAAUGUUAUAUAUUUGUGGAACCCCAGCAUUAUAAAAUUCAAGAAGUUGCCUCCUACUUGCUUAGGAAAGUUAGAGAAUGUUACACUCGGAUUUGCGUAUCAUUCAGAGAAUAAUGACUACAAGGUUACAAAGGAGCUCGAGGUGUACACGUUAAGUUCGGAUUCAUGGAGAAGGGUUGGGGUCGAGUUGACAACAGAUGUUACGUUCGGUUAUGGAAAAUUUAUUUUGCCAGUCCCAUUGGUUUGUGGAGCUUUGCAUUGGUUGGCACGUAUCAGAGAGGAUGGGAGAAGUGAAUUGAUUAUGGCAUUUGAUGUUAACAGUGAGAGAUUCAGGAAGCUGGCAUUGCCUGAUUGUUUGAUCAAGGCAAACAAUUGCGAGAGAUUUCUUGCAUCAUUCAAAGGGAAACUGACUUUCAUUACAUUUGGAUGUAAUGAACAACCUGGCUUUCCAAGCCAAUACUCCGUAUGGGUGAUGAAGGAGUACGGUGUAGUUGACUCUUGGAAUAAACUUUGCGUUGUAUCAUUUCAAAGAAUAGCUUGUUUCUUUGGCUUUACUGAGUAUGGUUCACUUCUGGUUUUCUACUGCAAUGAACUAGUAGAGGGGCCGGAACUUAAGUUUGUAUUAGUUGACACUGAAACUCUACAUGAGAAGCUUGAUAUCCAACAUCCUUCAUAUGUAGCUACUUUCAUGGAGAGCCUUAUUUUACUUGAUGGAGCAAAUGUGGCAUCUUACUAA